CCAUUGCGUUCUCCGGUGAUGAUGUUUUCACUGUCGUCCACGUCUGUUGACACCUGACCCGCUGCCUGACCUCACUGACCUGUAGACACGUGAACAUCAUGCAUUGGAGCCUCCUGUACUUUAGACUACCAGCAGUUGUCAACCUCUCCUCGUCUCAGACGCUGCUUUCCUCGGGACAUCCUGCCACUAACAGCUUUCUCACAAAGACCAUAUCUUGGUUGGACAUACAGGUGCAUUGGACUACUGGUACUUUCACAAGGGUUAUCUUGACCAUCCACAUCCAUCAUCCCUUUAUUUAGUAUUGUUUGGAAGUGCUUUACCCACCCUCUUCACUGAUUUGGUCCACUACAGGCUGUCUUCUGUUUCUCCUCAUCACCUCCCAGAACUCCUUUGGUGGAUACAAUGCUGCAAUUCAUCUUAAUUAUCCUGUGGGCGUGUCCUUGUGUCCUGACGAAGGAGACAGGAAGAUGCCAAGGCGAAGCCUGCGAUGUAAGGACCUGGCACAAUGUAAACUGCACGACAGACGACGACUGCAACCAGCCCCACGCCGCGUGCUAUCAACAUCUGUGUCGGUGUGAAGCUGGCUACUUCUACACAACGCCUUACGAUAUUUGCUCUGGCACUUGCAGCACAGAUGACUUGCAGGACAGCUUUACAGAGUAUCCUGACAGCGCUCUACGACGACACUACCUUGAUCGCCGAAAAGAUGGACUCAGUCUGGAAGACUGCAAGGACAGGUGCCAGGCUGACAAGCGUUGCCUCACCUUUGAUUUCAGAGCCCAUGGAGGUCUGUGUCGGCUUCACAAUGUCACCGCUCAUGAGUCUCCCUCACACUGGUAUCCUAAGACGAGUACAGGCUGGACCCACUACCAGAGAUCCUGCAACUCCACUUUGGCCACACACCAUACCUGGUACAACUUACUGUGUAACACCAAAGUAGAUUGUCCAGACCCGAACAGCGAUUGUUUGUCAGGGCGAUGUCUCUGUCGUUCAGGCUUCAAGUUCAAUGAAACUGAGAAGAAGUGUGUUGUUACAAGCGAGCUAAAGACGUGGCACAAUGUAAACUGCACGACAGACGACGACUGCAACCAGCCCCACGCCGCGUGCUAUCAACAUCUGUGUCGGUGUGAAGCUGGCUACUUCUACACAACACCUUACGAUAUUUGCUCUGGCACUUGCAGCACAGACGAGUUGCAGGACAGCUUUACAGAGUAUCCUGACAGCGCUCUACGACGACACUACCUUGAACGCUUGGAUGGACUCAGACUGGAAGACUGCAAGGACAGGUGCCAGGCUGACAAGACUUGCCUCACCUUUGAUUUCAGAGCCCAUGGAGGUCUGUGUCGGCUUCACAAUGUCACCGCUCAUGAGUCUCCCUCACACUGGUAUCCUAAGACGAGUACAGGCUGGACCCACUACCAGAGAUCCUGCAACUCCACUUUGGCCACACACCAUACCUGGUACAACUUACUGUGUAACACAAAAGUGGAUUGUCCAGACCCGAACAGCGAUUGUUUGUCACACAGAUGCCGAUGUCAUUCAGGAUUACACUUUAAUGAAACCGAGAAAAAGUGUGUUAUUGCAAGUAAGUGAGAAGCAGUAGAAUUA